CGACCGUUCGGCCCUUGCACUCUCACGGGAGGAAACGUGAUGUUUCGUUCUUCUUCGCCUUCUUCUUCUUCGGCCCUCGCCUCUCCUCCCCCCCCCGCCACCCGGGGGACGCGCAGGACACAGGGAGGGCAAGAACCCGAUGCCCCGGCGGCGGCGGUGCCGACGGACGACCCGCCACGCCACCCCAGUCAGCACCACUCAGGCCCGCGCCAUUCAGCAGAAGGCGUGGCAGCGCCUCCCUCGCCCCAGAUGGCGUCCGCAGGGCGCGGUUGCAACAGCGCACGGUGGGCGAAGGCCGACCCGAGCCCGGCCGUGCUGCUGCCCGUGGGCUUCCACGGCUACUCCGAACCAGCGACGCCCGCGGGGAGCUGGAGGGCCAGCCUCCUGGGCCACAGGCCCCGACACGUAAACACACUGAGAAGGAUUCCCGGCGGCCCCCUGAGCCCGCCAGCGCUGCCGCCAGGGGCUCGCCACAGGCCCACCUCCCGCAGCAUGUUCAAGCCCUUCUCCGCGCCCGGGGGGCGUGAGGGCCUCGGCUUCCGCCUGCACGUGGCCGCGGGCCAGGAGGCUCUCUACUGCUACCAGAAGAAAGGGGACGAGGCCCCAGCCGGCGAGCUCGAGCUCGCGCUGCGUGCGCCGCUGCUGCUCGCCACCGCGGCGCUGGCGCCAGGGGCCAAGCAGAUGGUCUCCGUGACGCUUGCGACGCCUGAGGUGCUCGAGUGCAUGGGCGGGAUGCAGAUCCUUCCCGGCGAGGCGCGCAGCCGCUUCCAGGAGACGCCCAUGCUGCCGGCGGGCGGCGGCCGCGGCGCGCUGACCUUUGAGUGCGCCAGCGAGCGCAAUGCGCAGCAGCUGAUGGACCAGCUCUCCGCGGCAGGUUGCACGCUGCAGGGCUUGACGGACAGAUACAGGCUGCGCAAGGAGGUCGGCCGCGGGGGCUUCGGCCGGGUGUACCUCGCCCACGACACGUGGAACGGCGAGGAGGUGGCCGUGAAGGUGUUCCUGAACAAGCCUGGGGCCAAGCGGAACCAGUUCCACCCCCUGCGCGAGGCUACGAUGCUGCGCUGGUCCGAGGACCCCUUGUUCCCUCACUUCAAGGCC